AUGCUAGUAGGCAAGGCAAAGCAGAGGAUAUUCCAUCUCUCGAGGCUGAGGAGCAACUUUAUGGGAACAAAGAAGCUUAGUACUGACGGAAAAGAGGUGACGCCGCAACGUAUCAUCGCCACGGCCAAUGCUUAUGUCCUCUAUAUCCUUGGAGUUGUUAUCUUACCCGAUGUUCCCGGUGCCCGUGUGAACGCCAACUUUAUCCAGCUGUUGCAACCAUUUGGAAAGAUACAGGACUACUCUUGGGGCACUGCCAUCCUUGAUCACUCUUUUACGGAUGAGGAUGAUGAGCAUACGGAGGUUGGGAGAAGUGGGGAUGAAGAGGAUGCAGAUGAGGAGGAUGAGAAGAAGGGUGCUGAUAGUGAGGAUGAAGAGGACCAGGAUAAGGGUGAUGAUGGUGAGGAGGAGGAGAAUGAGAAGGGUGUUGAUGGUAAGGAUGGGGAGGACGAGGAGGAGAAUGAUGAGUAUGUGGAGAUAGAUGACAACAACAAUGAGAAGGAUGAUGAACAUGAAGAUACAGAUGGAGAUGAUGGAAAGAAUGAAAAUCAAUCUGGAAAAACAAUUGAGUCUGAAACUGCUAACAAGCUGAGUACUGUAGCUUGGGAUGUAACAGAACUAGAUGAAAGAAGAUAUUCUUAUUAG